AUGUCGGCCAGCAAUGGAAAUCAAUCCCAACCGGUGGACAAACUGGCCCUCGGGCGUCAGAUGGUGAGGAAAUUCGCAGGAGACAAACACGUUGAUUCAAUUGCUGCAACUAUGAAGAAAGACUAUUUCUCCGCCGUGAGCGAGGAAUUCAUCUCGGAGGUCUGUUGGUCUGGGUACGCUCGGACAGUGCUGGAUUUCAAGGAGCGAGCCUUGAUGAACAUCGCCAUGUUGACUGCAUUGGGUAGAGCCCCGGAGUUGCGCAUCCAUAUCCGUUGCGCUGUUUACAAUGGUUUCACCGAAGAAAAGGUCGCCGAGGCAUGUCGACACGCCAUGGUUUAUUGUGGUGUCCCUGCUGGUCGAGAUGCUCUCAUCAUCGCCAGCGAAGUCUUUCAAGAACUGAGGGAGUUCGAUAUAUAUCCACCUAAAUCAGACCCAACUCCAUAG